UUAGCUAUUUACACAUCACUCUCUUCACGUAUCUAGCUAUUGCUUAUCAAUGGGCGCCUCCUUCAUUCAUACACCCACAUUGUUCUUUCUCUGGUUCUCCAUGGCUGCUGCAUUGGUGCAAGGCCAAGGCACUCGGGUUGGCUUCUAUUCUCGUACAUGUCCUCAAGCUGAAUCCAUUGUUCAGAAAACUGUCCAGUCUCAUUUCCAAUCCAAUCCAGCCAUUGCCCCUGGCCUGCUUCGCAUGCACUUUCAUGACUGUUUUGUCAGGGGCUGUGAUGCUUCUAUCCUUAUAAAUGGAACUUCCACAGAGAAAACAACAGUACCGAACAGUCUGAUAAAUGGAUAUGAUGUUAUUGAUGAUACCAAGACCCAGCUCGAAGCCGCUUGCCCUGGAGUGGUCUCUUGCGCUGAUAUUCUUGCCCUCGCUGCCCGCGACUCAGUGGUUCUGACUAAAGGACUAAUGUGGAAAGUGCCUACGGGACGUAGAGACGGGCGAGUUUCAUUGGCAUCUGAUGUUAACAAUUUGCCUGGUCCUCGCGACUCUGUUGAAGUCCAAAAGCAAAAGUUUGCUGACAAGGGUCUCAAUGAUCAAGAUCUCGUUACUCUUGUUGGAGGACACACCAUUGGAACUUCAGCAUGCCAAUUCUUCAGAUAUAGACUAUACAACUUCAGUACCACGACUGCAAAUGGUGCUGACCCUUCCAUGGAUGCCACAUUCGUAACUCAGCUACAAGCCCUCUGCCCAGCUGAUGGUGAUGGGAGCAGGCGCAUUGCACUGGACACUGGUAGCUCAAACACAUUUGACGCAUCUUUCUUUACAAACUUGAAGAAUGGACGUGGAGUACUGGAGUCUGAUCAGAAGUUAUGGACGGAUGCUUCCACCAAAACUUUUGUUCAGCGCUUCCUGGGGGUAAGAGGGCUAAGUGGGUUGAACUUCAACGUUGAGUUUGGGAGGUCUAUGGUGAAGAUGAGCAACAUUGGGGUGAAGACAGGGACUGAGGGUGAAAUUCGCAGAGUGUGUACAGCAAUUAAUUAACUGAUGAGAAUUAAUUUUCCACCUCAAAUUGGUGUACGAAUUUGAAAGUAAGGGAAUAAAAGUAGCACUAAGGUAAUAGCUGCAUGGAUAGUUGACAUUAUCAUGAUUGAAUUAUUUGAAAAUAUGGAUUGCCCAUUUGGUUAA